CACGGUUGAGUCCCUCCAAAAAAAUUCCUCAACAAAGCCGAUUUGGGACGCCAUGAUUGAGGCAAAUCAGCUGGCGGUUGACUGUGUCAAGAGCCUAGAAGACGCGCUCUGGCUUCCAGGGGGCUGUAUGCAAAAGCACCAGGUGAAGACAGCUUUCGAGUUGUUUUUUUACUUAUUUAAUAUUUCAGAGAAGAACCGCCGUUCUGCCCUUCCUUUGGCCUUCAAACCGAGCGGGAAGUUGGUUGACCUCGUCUCAGAGUUAGAAGUCAAGGUUCAGGAACACCCUCACCAUCAACCCCUCGCAACGGCCGCAGCACUGCAAGCACAAGAUAAUGUCUGAGGGCGGCAGCCGGGGCGACGUGGCAAUGAGGGCGAACGAGAACGUCCACAGGCCGGGGAUUACGCCGGAGGAGAUGGCGGCCGGCUACGACGAGUGGUCCGAGAACUACGAGGAGAUGAUGAUCUGGAAAGGCGGGUACCGUGGCCCCGCCAUCACGCUGGAGGAGGCGCUGCGUUGGGUACCCCCGGAGCGGCGAGCCAAGGCCAGGGUGCUGGACGUGGCCGCCGGGACGGGCUGCGUGGGCCGCGAACUCCACCGGGAAGGCUUCAGGCACAUAGACGCUGUGGACCCGUCGGAGGGCAUGAUGAAGCAGCGGGAGACUGGCAUCUAUACCAACGACUUCCUGGAGUUUAUCGGCAGCGGACACUCCACCGUGCCCAAAGACACAUACGACCUGGUGGUCACCUCGGGCGGUAUGGGCGAAGGUCACAUCUCACACAGUGGCCUCGACGACGUUGUGCGCGUCGCAAAGAACGGAGGUUUCGUGAUCAUCGUGAUGCGCCAUGAGUUCCUACAGACCGUGCCUUCCUACAAGGACAAGCUGGAGCCUUACAUGGACCAGCUGGAGGCGGACGGGAAGUGGAAGAAGGUGAAGCGGCGCAUCGUCCCAAACUAUUUAUGUGACAAGGAGGGUCUCGUCUUCGUCUUCCGCAUCACUAAGCCUGAGUGAGGAGGAAGAGGAGGGAAGGGAAAGGAGAGAGAUGAAGAGGAGGAGUUAUAGUGGUGCUGUGCCAAGGCUGUCUCUGUGUAACAGCCUUGGCUUUCGUCGCGGCACCCGAGACUGAGGUGUGAAUUAUCGUGCUCUGGCAACCUGGCGUCAUGGCGUCUACGAUGUUAUAUGAUAGUCUACGCAUAGGGCACAUUUGUCAGUAUUAAUCAUAUUAUUGAAAUUGUCGUAAAAGUCUGUUUUAGUUUAUAAGACUGAGGCUGCAGAAUCCUUAACCUCAGACCUUGCUAUCAUCUCCGAUUGGGAUAAAAGGAAACUUUGGGUUUUUGUGUCCUUCAAUGCCUCAAAAACCCAAUUUAUCCACCUUUCAACUCGACACAAUCUGCCAAACACCUAUCCCCUAUUCUUCAACUACACUCAGCUGUCACCUUAUAAUUCUUCAGAACUAAAUAUCCUCGGUCUAUCCUCAACUCAAAAUCUUAACUGGAAACUUCUCAUCUCUUCUCUCACUAAAUCAGCUUCCUCGAGGUUGGGCGUUCUGUAUCGUCUCCUCCAGUUCUUCUGCCCCGCACCGCUGCUAUCCAUAUACAAGGGCCUUGUCCGCCCUCGUAUGGAGUAUGCAUCGCACGUGUGGGGGGCUCCACCCACACAGCUCUUCUCUAUCUUUCGGCCACUCCUCUGUUGUAAAAAAAAAUAAGGUCGCUGAUUAUGUAGCUGUAUGCGUGUGUGCAUGUGUAAUGGCAAGUUGCCAGAACACGAUAACGAAGACCUCAGACUCGUGUGCUGCGACUAUAGUA